AACCUUUCUUAUAACUAAGAAAACCUAAAUAAACCUAUUCCAAAUGGCGACGAUGGGUCAACUAUGGGCUAACACAGGCUCUACUUUAGCAACCUUGAUGUUUACAUACACAAUCUUUAGACGAUGGUUCCCUCACGUGGGAGACCACUUGGAACCAUUCUUUCAAAGACUCUUCAGCCGUUUCUACCCUUACAUCCAAAUCAAGUUCCACGAAUACAGCGGAGAGCAUUUCAAACGAAGCGAAUCCAAAGCUACCUCAGGAAUCCAAAGCUACCUCAGCAAAGACUCCUCUCUUCGAGCCAAGAAGCUCAAAGCCAACACAACCAAAGGAAGCAAGUCUCUCGUCCUUAGCAUGGACAAUAGGGAAGAGAUAACCGACGAGUUCGAGAGCGUUACGGUUUGGUGGCAGUCCAAGAAAGUGAGGAACACUAGACAAUCGUUCUCUUUCUACCCUGCAGCCGAUGAGAAGAGAUACUACACGUUGAAGUUCCAUAGACGUGACAGAGAAGUAAUCAUAGAGAGGUACCUCGACCAUGUUAUGAAGGAAGGGAAGAUGAUAAAGAUGAAGAACAGAGAGAGGAAGCUUUACUCGAAUACUCCGGGACAGAACCAUAGGAACCAGACAAAGUGGAGCCACGUAACGUUUGAGCAUCCUGCUAGUUUUGAUACUUUGGCUAUGGAGGAGAAGAAGAAGGAGGAGAUCAAGAACGAUCUUGUUAAGUUCAGUAAGAGCAAAGAUUAUUACAAGAAGAUAGGGAAAGCGUGGAAGAGAGGGUAUCUUUUGUUUGGUCCACCAGGGACUGGUAAGUCUACCAUGAUAGCUGCCAUGGCGAACUUCUUGGAGUAUGAUGUCUAUGAUCUUGAGUUAACAACGGUUAUGGAUAACACACAGCUGAGGAGUUUGUUGAUAGAGACUUCGACUAAGUCCAUUAUUGUGAUUGAAGAUAUAGAUUGUUCUCUUAACCUAACGGGACAGAGAAAGAAGAAGAAGGAGGAAGAGGAAGAUGGAGACGAGAAGAAGAUGAAAUGUGAAGGUGAGAAGAAAGAGAGCAAAGUUACAUUGUCAGGGCUAUUGAACUUCAUUGAUGGGUUAUGGUCAGCUUGUGGUGGAGAGAGGAUCAUUGUGUUUACUACAAACUUUGUGGACAAGCUGGAUCCUGCUUUGAUUAGGAAAGGAAGAAUGGAUAAGCAUAUAGAGAUGUCGUAUUGCGGGUUUGAAGCGUUUAAGGUGUUGGCCAAGAACUACUUGGAUGUGGAGGAGAGUGAGCUCUUUGAUGAGGUGAAGAGAUUGCUUGAGGUUGAAGGAAUCAAGAUGACACCGGCGGAUGUUGGGGAGAAUCUGUUGCCGAAGUCAGAAGGGGAAGAAGGGGAGACAUGUUUGAAGCGUUUGGUGGAAGCGUUGAAAGAAGAGAAAGAGGAAGCAAAGAGGAGGGUUGAGGAAGAGGUGAAGAGGAAGAUAAGAAGAGAAGGAAAGUAA